GCCUUUCAUGAGAUUCGUCGUUACCAUAAGUCCACCGAACUUUUGAUCCACAAGCUCCCUUUCCAGCGUCUGAUUCGUGAAAUUGUUCAAAAUUUCAAGAGCAACCUCCGCUUCCAGUUCUCUGCCAUCAGUGCUCUCCAGGAGUCCGUCGAGUCAUUCCACGUCUCUCUCCUCGAGGACAUCAACCUGUACGCCAUCCACACCAAGCGUGUCACCAUCCAAAGCAAGGACAUCCAACUCGCCCGCCGCCUCCGUGGUAAGUAUAACUAA